AUGUUAUUAUUUAUAUUAUUUCCAAUAGUAUUUUCACAAACUCAAGUAUGCCAAACUUCAGAUUUCAAUUUUGGAUAUAAAAAAGUAUAAUCUAAAAUUUAAUUUAGGUUAAUAUUGUAAUCUGUUUAUUCUUUCAAACAACUGAUAAUCAAAAAUACAGAUAAGUUUAUUAAUUAAUAGUUGACUAAUAUACUGCACAUUUAGUAUCUGUAGCAUAUCAAACUCUUUCUACAAAAUAAAGUAGUUUAUGGGCUAAUUUCUGAUAUUAUAUCUCAUGUUUAUGGUACUCCAUAUUUAUAACCUGGUGGAGCAUUUCCAAUUUAAUCUAUAGUUAUAGGCAGUUUUAUCGAUGUAUUCAUAUUUUGGAAUAAUGUAUGUUUUGAUGGUAGUUUUGUAAGGAGAACAAAAUUACUAUAACUAAAGGAUCAAAUAUUUAAAAAAAUAAUGAUUUUGUUAUUUCAUGUAAUGGAGGUGCUUGUGAUCUUAAAGUAUAUGUGA